AGUACUUCCGGUCUUCUUCUUGUUGAUCUGGUGCUCAGCGCUGUUGUGAUCUUUUUGGACUUUAAUUUCUAAAUAAUAUGGCGUCCAAACGCUUGGCGUCUUCGAAGGCUCCCCCCGCCGAACCGAAGCGCCGGAGAAAAAUGCUCACUAUUGUUGAAAAGGUGGAACUCCUUGACAUGUUGAAGUUAGGUCAAAGCUACACGAGUGUCGGCCGCCAUUACGGAAUCAACGAGUCAACUGUUCGCUACAUAAAGAAGGACGACAAAAACAUAAGGGCGACGGCAGCCAUUACUCUUAAUAAGAACGCCAAGAGGGUGGUGACGCCGCGGAAUAAGACCAUUGUGAAGAUGGAGUCCGUACUGGCUGUGUGGAUCAGUGAAUGCAAGAUGAAAAAUAUCCGUCUCGACACGAACAUCAUCCGCACGAAGGCGAAGAAGCUUUAUGAAGAUUUUGCUCAAAGUGACUAUGUUCCCGACGGAUGCCAGAACGACGCCGCCGAGGAAGGUACGUCGAGUGCGUCGAAGAUUCCAUUUAAUGCCAGCAAGGGCUGGUUCGACAAGUUCCAGAAACGUUUUAAGAACGUUUCUCUACGCGGAGAAGCUGCCUCGGCUGAAGAGUUUGUCCACAACACAUUUAAAACUUUGAUCGAGGAAGCGGAUAAAGCCAGAGCCGAGGAAUUUGUCCGCAACACAUUUCAAACUCUAAUCAAGGAAAGAAGCUACCGGCCUGAACAAGUUUUCAACAUGGCCGAAACUGCUUUAUUUUGGAAAAGAAUGCCGUCUCGCACUUUUAUUAUGAAGGAGGAAGCCAACGCUCCUGGAUUUAAGGCUCAAAAAGAUCGUUUUACUUUAGUUAUGUGUGGGAAUGCUGCCGGCUUUAUGAUAAAGCCAGGGCUUGUUUAUAAAUCCGAAAACCCAAAGGCCCUGAAAAAUAAGAAUAAAAACGUGUUGCCUGUGUACUGGAUGCAUAAUCCAAAAGCCAGGAUGACAAACUCCCUCAUCUCAAAUUGGUUCCACCAGUGUUUUAUCCCGGAAGUCAGACUGUAUCUAGCAGAGAAAGGACUCGAAUUUAAAGUACUUUUGCUCUUGGAUAAUGCUGAAGGCCACACUGUCGAUGUGUCGUUUGAUGGCGUGCACAUUGAGUUCUUGCCCCCAAACACCUCGUCGCUAAUUCAGCCCAUGGAUCAAGGUGUUAUUCGUGCAUUUAAGGCUCUUUACACUCAAAGUAUUCUGCAAAACCUUGUCGACGCAAAGGACUCUGACGAGAACUUCACACUAAAGGCGUACUGGCGUGACUACAUCAUUGCGUCGUGUCUCCUAAAUAUACAGAGAGCCUUAAGUGAGAUCAAGAGUGAAACAUUAAAUGUGUGCUGGAAAAAGAUGUGGCCGGAAGUGGCGCACGACAAGGGAUUGUCUCCUGAUGAAGUCCAUCGCUGUGCAGUGGACAAGGUUGUGAAGCUGGCAAAAGUACUGGGAGGAGAGGGCUUCAAUGACAUGACUGCUGAGGACGUAAAUGAGCUGAUCGACGCCCACUCACAACCUUUGUCAGAUGAAGACCUGAGGGAAUUGACAUCAGCGAGCGAGGAAGAGGAACAGGAACGGGAAGAACAGGAACAAGAGGAAUUGGGCACUGAUGAAGACGAAGAGGUUGGUCUGACACUGGAUCGCCUCGCAGCCAUGGUCAGAAUGGCCAAAGAACUGCAGCAGAUGGCACAAGAAUGGGACCCCCACAUGCUUCGUUCGCUGCAGUUUUCAAAUACCAUCGAGGGUGGCAUGACUGUUUAUAAAAACCUCCUUGCUCAGAUGAAGAAGCAGCAGCAACAACUACCUAUCAAUAUGUUUAUCACACAGAAGAGGUCUUCAUCAUUUGCCGGGUGUACGCUGCCUUCCGCCCGAAACGCAGCUGAGAUAGGCUCCAGCGACUCCGAAAGGGACAAGCGGUAGAAAAAUGGAUGGAUGGAUAGCCAAUGUUCAGACGCUCCCUGGUGGUACGUCUAGUGCAGUGGUAAACUAUUGGCCACUUUUUGGUUUGCGGUUUUUCCCUUUACCUUCCCCGUCUAAUGUCAUCCUUUUCUUCUUAAACCAGUGUCACAGGCGCCGCCAUCAUCAUGAGGUCACAUUGCUGUCAUCUUGCGGCGGUAUUGAAGACCGCUCAAGAUGAGCGCUGAGGAAGAACAAAGAGCAGCAGCGCAGGACCAAAAUUGUUUCUGAAACUUUCUUUCAAAGAAUGUGGGGAGUACUUUUUUAAAAGUACAAAAUGGACACAAAUGUUUUUUCAUGAUUAUUGACUAUACACCAUCAUCCAUCUAACCAACCAGACUAUAAGGUUAUUUGAGAGACAAUACUAAUCAAAGUGCAGUACACCAGAGGGAAAAUUGGGUAUACACUUUGUCUGAAUCAUCAUUGAUAUGUCCAUCCAUCCAUGGAUGUUUAAAUUAUAAUUGAUGAUAUAUAUGAUGUGUAUUGUGUUUGCUAAAACUAACACAGCACAAUAACAUUACAUAGAACUUAGGUGUUUUACUAGUGCAGUACAUCCCCGAAAAGAUGUGUGCCUAAAAGUCACAAACUUACAGUGAAAAUCCUCACUUCCCUUAUUAAAGCAACACAUACAUUCAGAAGAACAAGAAAAUAGCCUGUAUUCCGACACAUGACUUAUUCCCUGAAGUGAAAACCAGUGGUGGUCGACCAAGCUAAGACGGCUGUUGUACAGCAAGCAGCGUGCAAAGUAUCGGAGUACAAAAGAGGCUUAAAUCUUCCUGCAAAAAGCAAAUACAAGAAAAAAAUCAAACUAUUUUCUACAUGACAGUACAGAUAAAAACUUGUAAAAGCAUGGAGGUCUACAACUUCUUUGUGUGAAUGGGUCAAGGAAAUUGCUAUAUGCAUCGUUUUUGCUCAGGAAAGGAUGAAUUUCGUGAUUUAGCUUUGCGUCUAAACGCCAUGUUUGUUGUUGCAGGCGCUGUUUACAAUUAGCUAGUUUUUUCCCAUCUUUAUCAAACUAUAAACAUAGAUUGGUAAAAGCUUAAAUCUGUUAUAAUCACUGCAAACUCAUGCAUUCUUUGACUCUGCUCCCUUGGAUUAGAGUGUGUGCUGCUUUUCUCAUCAUUGCCACAAAUCUUGCUCUUUUCUGCCCUUUUGAUAACCUCUCAAGGAACUCUGAAGAAGCGUUUAUUCUUUCCGCGAUUUGAACGGGUUGUACAGCCGAAAAAAACACAAGCAUAUGGCGUUUUUUUCUUUGAGAAAGGCUAAAUGGCGCCUCAUACACAUUGAAAACAGCGAGCUUUACCACCACCAGUAUUCAUUGAGACGACAGUAACAUCCCAGUAAUAGCAUAUGUACGUGGAGUUGUUUUGAGCAAGAAGAAAGUGUCUAGAGUCAGAAUAUAUUACAUUCCACUUCUAUUUACAGUUCAUUGCAUCAAUCAUCAUACUGGACUAUUCCGAUUUUCUGAGAAAACUUAACACAAUGACCUGAAUGAAUGUGAAUAUUCACAUAUAUCAUUAUGGAUGACAGUCUUUUAGCACAAUAUGAACGGGUGUACAUUUAUUCUUUGUGUAACCGCAUGUGUGCCUUUAAGUUGUCGAGCCGACUAAACGUUUUAACACACAGUAAACAGGAAAAUGUUUUUUCUCCUGUGUGCGUUCUCAAGUGUUUAACCAUGUUUGGCUUUGAAGAGAAUCUUUUACCGCACACUGGGCAACUGAAAGGUUUUUCUCCAGUGUGUGUUCUCUCAUGUUCCAUUAAAGAGACCUUUGUGAUCAAUGCUCUUCCACAUAUUAAGCAACCAAAACGUUUUUCUCCUGUGUGUGUCCUCAAGUGAUUCACCAUAAUUGACCUGGUCGAAAAUAGUCUGUUACAAGCCGGGCAACUAAAAGGUUUUUCUCCUGUGUGCGUGCGCACAUGGGCUGUCAAGCCACUGUGUUGUGUAAAAGUUUUAGCACAAAAUGAGCAGGAAUAAGGUGUUUCUCCCGUAUGCGUUCUCAUGUGUGUUUCAAUUAUUGACUUUGAAGAAAAACAUUUACCACAGACUGAACAAACAAAAGGUUUUUCCCCUGUGUGUGUUGUUCUGUGUUUUAUCAAAAUAUCAUUUUGUGAAAAUGUUUGGUUAUAUACCGAACAGCUAUACGGUUUCUCCCCUUUAUGUGCCCGCAUGUGUCGAGUCAAGUCAUUUAAGACUUUUAGCACAAACUGAGCAAGUAAAGCCUUUUUUACCGGCCUUAUUUUCACAACAUUCAGAGUUUUUGUAAUAGGUGGAAGCCCUCAUAUCACCUUCAUAGUCUGCAUCGCUGCUCAAAGUUUCCUGGGUGUCGUCCCUGUCUUUGUCCUCAGGAGAGCGGUACGCGUCGUCACUAUCUAAUAGUGGAACUAAGAGUUUGCCUGCUUGUGAUGCUCCACAGUGGUCUCUAUCUCUGUUCUUCUCACUUAGACUGUGAUGAAGCUGUGAGGACUCGAUUACUUGGUCUUCACAAUCUUCAGUCUUCACAGAGACAACAGUCACUGACAAGUUGAGGGUAUCAGCCUCCUCCUCCAGCCCUGGAAGACAGUCUACCUCCUGAGUAAUGCAGAGUUCCUCAUCUUCCUGUUUAAUGUGGGAAGGCUGUGAAACCUUUUUGUUUAUAGGUGGAGCUUUCCCACUGCAGUCCAUCUUGAGGACAAAUCAGCUGUUGGACAUCUGCAGGACACAAACAUUUACAUAUUCAAUAUUUUGACAUAUGAUUGGCAACACUAAAUUGGCCCUAGUGUGUGAAUGUUGUCUGUCUAUCUGUGUUGGCCCUGCGAUGAGGUGGCGACUUGUCUAGGAUGUACCCCGCCUACCGCCCGAAUGCAGCUGAGAUAGGCUACAGCACCCCCCGCGACCCCGAAAGGGACAAGCGGUAGAAAAUGGAUGGAUGGACAUUAUUUAUUUUAGACAGAUAAUAACAAUGUUCAAUGAACUUAGUGUCUGAAUGGUGUGAAUUUAGGUCAAAUAAUAUUCUCUAAGUCUUUCAUAGCGUCGUCGUGUUUCUUGCUCAUUUGCAGAGGUGGGAGUUAAUCCCAAAUCCAAGUCAUCUCAAGACAAGACUGGUAGAGUCCAGUUUUGUGUCUAACAUCUUAUCUGUAUCUACACAUUACUAGAUUACCUUUUCGAGAGUUACAUACAUCACAAUCAAGUACAUACAGACACAAAAAUAUUACUUUGAAUCCUUUUGGCAACCUCUGUAUUGUCAUUUGGGGUUGAAUUCAACUUUAUAAAGGUUACUUCAACUAGUAAACAGUACACUAUGUACUUUAUUUUGACAUGUAAUCCUCCUAAAUUAUGCACAGAUGAGAUGUGUCAACAUUAAAAUAGUAGUAUGAAUCACUUUUUGGAAACCACUGUAUUGUCAUUUAGGUGGAUCUCAACUGUAAGUACUUCAGCAUGUAAAGAGUACAGUACGUACUUUUACAUGUGCGGUCCCCUCGGAGGCUUCUCAUUGGGCCCAUUGGGUUGAGUUUUUUCUGGCCCUGAUGUGGGAUCUGAGCCGAGAAUGUCGUUGUGGCUUAUGCAGCCCUUUACGACACCUGUGAUUAAGGGCUAUAUAAAUAAACUUUGAUUGAUUGAUCAGCAAACUGCUGACAAACACAAACACAGUUUUUAUAAUACUUGCUUGAACCAGUGGAUGUUCCUGCAUAAUUAUUUGCACUUAAAAAUACAUGUUUGUAAUAUGAUUAGCAUAUUUUAGCAUGUUUGUGUUUAAUUACAGUAAGUGGGUUUAUCGUAAACAUUCCUGCUACUUCAUUUUACACACUAUGUAAUUUUUUUUAUUUUCUUUUUUACAUCUACCACAAUGAUAUUGUACCAUACCCUAACACCGUGAUAAUACUGUACCGUGAGAUCGGACAAGGAAAAGGGCAAAUUGCAGGGGUAGACUGGCCAUUGAGAGUUGUUUUUAACUCCGCGCCGCUGCCGACACGUAAGACACUGUUGAGAACCAAAAUAGCUGUUAAAAUGGCAAUUAGUACCAAAUAAACCAGUAGCGGCUGUAUUUAUAAUAGCAGUGUGAACAAAAUACUACUGCGGUCCAAUAGUUGGAGUGUGUGUUUGGGAAGCAGAAAGAGGGAAAAGUAGAUUGGAUCUCCAUCCAUGUUAAAAAAAAUGUAAGCAGAGCGUAGCCGACAGCCCUUUCUUUAUUGUUAAUUGUGUUAUUUUGCACUAAAAAUAAACAGUUUUUUAGUCAUAUUGUUAAUCAUCCAAAACAUGCAUAUAAAUACAUUUAAAGUCGAGUCAAAUAGUAUCAAAACUGUCUCACAAAAAUAAAAAGAGAAAAAAAAUCACAACAGUUAGGAGUACAAUCUGCCGACAAGUUGACACUUUUUUCUUUUUCAGUGAGUUGGUAACCAUGGUGAUGACUUGCAGGAAACACGAUGCCAGGAUUAACUAGCUUGAUGCCCAUUAGAGGGAAUAAUAAUUGACUGAUCAUUUAAUCAGUGGCUGCUAUUAUUCUAUGUUUUUAUUGAAAGUUGAAGGUCGGUGAGGUUUAAGUCAAAGUUCAUCGGUAUAUUAAUAAAAAUAUACUAUUAGUUUUCUACAUUUGAAACACUUCUGUGUGGUCUACAUUACAUGUGAUGGUGGUUCUUUGGUCAACAUUUUGCAUAGAUAAUGUUUUACAGAUGUUUUGAAGACGUUUUCUGACCGUCUCUGCCUCCACUUCGACAGUGUCUUCUGCCCGUCAUCCAUGUUGUAGCUUUUUAAGCUUCCAUAGUAAGUCUACUGACAGAUAUAAGUUAGAACUAUACACUACUUGUUAUUCAAAAUGGCAACAGCAGAGGAUGGAUGUGCAUGUACGAGCCAGUCUACCCCAAAACAAUAAGUAGACAAAAAGAAGGAGCUUAUAAGGUUAAAGUACCACUGAUAGUCACACACACACUAAAUGUGGUGAAAUUACCCUCUGCAUUUGACCCAUCCCCUUGUUCCACCUCCUGGGAGGUGAGGGGAGCAGUGAACAGCAGCAGUGGCCGCGCUCGGGAAUCAGAUUGACUAUUAUUGACUACAGCGUGGACUAGUGCGCAGCACUUUGGGUAACUGUAUACUAUAUAUGGAGAUAUCUAUUGACCUCAUCAGUGGGAAAAAGUCACAAAUUGUGCAAAUUCCCAACAGCUUAUUUGGAGGAAGUAUAAAGGAAAACAAGAAUUUUUUUUUUUUUUUAAAUAUCUCCGCAAUGCCUUUAUGGUUUGGGUUCACAUUUCAGGACAUAUGCAGAUCCCAAAUACACAAAACAGCUACAAAUAGGUAAUAAAAAGUUGGUUUUGUUGGCUUUUGAAAGAGCCCCUUAAAGAGCUGAAACUCGCUGGUGUAUGUCCGGAAAGAAACCAUGAUGUUGUGAUGUAGAUUACCAAAACCUAGCAACACUACUACAGUUUCCACAGCAACAAAUGAGACAACUUUGGAGCGUUGAAAAAUGAAGUCCUUAAAGCCGAGAUAUUGCGGAUACUCAUGUGUGAAGGUGGCCCCCGACCUUUUUAAUAUGAGCUACGUUUGUGCUGCAUUUUUUUGUGUCUAACUAUUAUAGUUUGUAUGUUAUAAAAUUAGUAUUAAUCAAAACCAGCCCCUUCCCCAAACCUUUCAAAACGCUCCUGAACCUGUUCCAAUUGUUGGUGCUGGUGUUUGUGCUGCAAACUAUUGUGGUUUUAAAGUUAUUAACAGGUUAUGUUUAUUACUCAGGCCCCCAACCAUUUAAAAAUAUCCCCAAUCGUGUCCCAAUAGUUUGUGUUGCAACAUUUUUUGUUUAUUAUAGUUUUUAUGCUAUUAACGGUUUAUGAUUCAUAAUGUUGAGAUAUAUUAU